CGCCGGCUCGCUCAACGCGGAGGCCACGACGACCACCACGACCACCACCUGUUCCUCUCCUCUCUUCUUCCCAAGUCAAACCGCCCAACCCAACCCUUCCUUCCUUGUAAACUUCGCAAGAGGAACAGCAAGGUUCCAGCUUUCCGUGCUCUACUUCUUCUCCAACCUUGCCUUCGACCCACCUCCAAUCUCGAGAAAAAAGGCGUGCUUUUCGGUGUCCGGGAAGGUGCUUUCUUGGGUUCUUGGUGCCUGCCGGCAGCCGGCGAUUUUGGCGGAGUUUUUUUGUCUAGCAGAUAGGGGCGUUUCUUGGAGGUUGGUGGGAUGGACAGCCACGCAGCCGGGUCGAGCUCCGGCGGAUCCGGAGACGGCGGCGCGCCCAGGAGGAACUCCAGGAAGCCCAAGUAUUCCAAGUUCACGCAGCAGGAGCUCCCAGCUUGCAAACCAAUUCUUACUCCAAAAUGGGUUAUUUCGGUAUUUGUUAUGGUCGGCGUGAUUUUUACCCCGAUUGGUGUUGCUUCGCUGUUAGCUUCACGAAAAGUUGUCGAGAUUGUUGAUCGGUAUGACGAAGCAUGUGUCCCUGCUAAUGUGACUGACAAGCUUGCUUACAUCCAGAACAAAACUAUACCAAAAACCUGCACAAGGACCCUGACGGUUACAAAGGAUAUGAAACAGCCAAUUUUUGUGUAUUAUCAGCUGGAUAACUUUUACCAGAAUCAUAGGAGGUAUGUCAAGAGCCGUAAUGACUUACAGUUAAGAGAUGCUAGUAAGGCAGAUGACACUAGCCAAUGUGAUCCUGAGGCCACAGCAGAUGGAAAGCCAAUUGUCCCUUGUGGUCUGAUUGCAUGGAGCUUGUUCAAUGAUACAUAUACCUUCGUCCUCAACAGUGGGAACUUGACAGUGGACAAGAAAGACAUCUCUUGGAAGAGUGACAGGGAUCACAAAUUUGGGAGUGAUGUCUUUCCAAAGAACUUCCAGAAAGGACCUCUUAUUGGUGGAAAAAAACUUAAUCAAAGUAUACCGUUGAGUGAGCAAGAGGACCUUAUUGUUUGGAUGCGAACUGCAGCACUUCCUACAUUCAGAAAGCUGUAUGGUAGGAUACAUGCUGAUCUCAAGGUAAACGACACAAUUACAGUUCAAUUGGAGAACAACUACAAUACCUAUAGCUUUGGUGGCAAGAAGAAGUUGGUGCUUUCUACCUCAACCUGGCUUGGUGGAAAGAAUGAUUUUCUUGGCCUUGCAUAUCUCACUGUUGGUGGACUCUGCUUCUUCUUGGCAUUUGCAUUCACCUUGCUGUACUUGAUAAAACCAAGGAAACUGGGAGAUAACAACUACUUGUCAUGGAACAGACCGGCUGGCCGCUGAUGUUCUUUGAAAGUUAUGUUGCAUAGUCAGCAUCAAACGAGUUGGUUUAUGGUUCAGAUGUAUCUUGCACUACAUAGCAAUUUUAUUUGUGAGCGUUGAUGUGGUAUAUAUACGAAGUAGGCCUGUGUGUACGAGUGACAGCUUUGGAUCCACCUGCCCACAUAUUGUACAUUACACUGAAACAAAGAUACCUUUUCUGUUGUCCAAAAUCGCAUACUCAGAAGUUAAUGAAUUUAUGGAUGAUUCAUCAUUA